UGCCGAUGUAAAUACCAGUAAUUAAUAGGUGAUUCUAACAGGUGUUACUGGAUACUUUUUUUUAGAGAAAUUGAAGAAAGAAAAAUCAAAGAAGAAUACAAGAAUGGACAAAGAAGGUCGUUCUAUUAGAUGUGAUCACUGUAAUCUAGACGUGGUUUCCAUUGAAGAAUUCAAAAUGCAUAAAUACAACUGCAAAAUGAAUCAAGAAAGUGAAGAAAAUACAACGGAGCGUAAAAGAAACAGCGAAAGCGAUGACAGAAUCGAAAAGCAAGGAGAUGAUUUGCAUGAUAUAGAUUGUUCAACAAAUUGUGAUCAUUGCCAGCAAGACUUCGAGUCAAGAGGCGAAAUGAUACGUCAUCAGAUUUCCCAUUUAACGAUGAGAAAAUACGGAUGUGAGAACUGCGAUAAAAUUUUUACAGAUCCAAGUAAUCUUCAACGUCACAUCCGGUCACAGCAUGUUGGUGCAAGAUGCCAUACAUGCACAGACUGUGGGAAAACGUUUGCAACUUCUAGUGGAUUGAAACAACAUCAACAUAUACAUAGCACUAUUAAACCUUUCCAAUGUGAAGUUUGUUUUAAAGCAUACACGCAAUUUUCUAACUUAUGUCGCCAUAAGAGGAUGCAUGCCGAUUGUAGACAGCAAAUUAAAUGCAAGGACUGCCAUCAGUCAUUUUCUACGGUCACAUCACUGAGUAAACACAAACGAUUCUGCGAGGGAGCUUUACGAAGUGGACUUAAUAUUGGAUUGAGUCGAGAGCCAUAUCAUCGAAUGGGAACUUCUGAUAUUUUAACUCCACACGUGCAAACUAAUCCACUGGCAAUGCUUCGUUCUCAUUUUCCAUAUUAUCCACAACUUCAAGGGAUGUCACAACUAUUUCCAACCACUGCAUGUUCAUCUCUUCAUAGAUAUGGCAUUCCAUUUCCACAAGACAUUCCAAAUGCGCAGAAAUCACCGGUGUUAAAUUUAUUUACAACAAAUGAGGAAAAUUUGAAAGUUGGUAUGAAACGAGAGAGGAAACAUUCGCUUGGUGAUUCUCCUUCGAGUUCUGUGAGUGAUAGAGAUAGCUUUACGUCUAAUGAUGAUGAAAGGGAUUACCACACUCCAAAGCAAGCAAGGUAUGAAGAGAAAAAAGAAGUUCUUCUGAACAAAUCACCAUCUCAACCACAUAUUUAUGCGCCUAUCCCUAAAAUUCCAACACCGCUUGUUCUUCCAGUGUACAGGUCCGAUAUGAAGAGCGCCAAGGUUUCUUCUUUCAAUGAAUAUCACGCAUCUUCAUUUUCGAAAGUAACAUCUGAUCGGGGACAUGAGACUAUCCAUGCUAAUAAGACUGUAACAGAACAACCAUUGGACCUAACAAGAAAGACCAGCAAACAAAUUAAAGACCCGGAUUCUAACGUAGAAUCACUUAAGAAAACGCAUAUUUUUGGGAGUAGUGAUAAGCACAAUUCACCAUUUACAGCUAACAAUCUAUUGAACUCAAAUACGGAUAGCAAAGCACGUUUGUUUGAAAAACAAAUGCAACCAAGCCCGUUCAAUGAUCAGGUACGAUCAUUCCAUGAUAUGUAUUUUCCAAGAUUUCCAUUCUUUGGCUCACAGCACCUUCCUUUCAAUCCUUUCAUUCACCAUGUUAUCAGACCAGAUCUGAUAGACAAGCAAAUUGCAUCAAAUCGUUUUAAUGAACAUCUACAAUUCAUGACAUCUGUAAAUAAAAUCAAGGAAAGAUACUCCUGCAAAUUUUGUGGAAAGGUUUUCCCUCGUUCCGCAAACUUAACGCGUCAUUUGAGGACCCAUACGGGAGAACAACCAUAUAAGUGUAAAUAUUGUGAAAGGUCAUUCAGUAUUUCAUCCAAUCUUCAAAGGCAUGUUCGGAAUAUUCAUAACAAAGAAAAACCGUAUAGAUGCCCCCUCUGCGAUAGAUGCUUUGGCCAACAAACAAAUCUUGACCGUCAUCUAAAAAAACACGAAACGGAAGGGCCCAUAGUGCAUGAUUCACCGGAUCCGGAAGCUGACGAAAAGUGCGAGCAAGACAAGACACAAUGGGACUUGAAAGACGAGGAGUUAAAUGACAAUGACAUUUCAGAUACGAACUCAAUACCAUCAUCUGUUGAAGAUGACCAUGACGGUGUCCUGUCUGAAAAUUGCGAAAAAGAUUUAAAUGACUCAUUAGAAAAGGAUCUUGAUAGAACUGACAGGGUGAAAACGGAAUUAACUGAAAAAGUCGAUGAACAUUUGUUUCCAAGUAGUUUGCUUGUUAAUGCAACAUUUGACUUUUCCAAAAGCUUUAGACCAGUGCCAUGCUUUACAUAAUUGUUAGUUAUUGAAAUAUUCGUGUAUUUUUGUGCAAUUUGUUUUAAUUAUAAAACAGUUAAAUGAAUUCAUAUUUUUUUUAUAUAUACAAUUAUAGUUCCAUUUUUUUGUAAAACUGAAUGUAUUUUCUUUUAGUUCUGGCAAUGUAUAUUACUAAGUCUAAAUGAAAUUCUAUCAUAGAGAUGACGGAAACCAAAAAGUGCUUUUUAUUAUUCAUGUAUGCAUAUUUAUGUAAAAUGAUAUAACUUUUUUGUAUGAGUUCUUGGAGACAUGAUAAGGAGUGGCAUACAUCUCAAACCUUGCAAAAGUUACAAGGCAUAUAGAAAUAUCUUUGGAAGUUCAUUGCCUAUAAAUAAAAUUUCAGCGCCUGUAAAUUUAAUUUUCACUACUUGUUCCCACAGUAAAGUUAAAUGCAAACCUAUCGUUCAACAUUACGGACAAUGUUCUGUUGAGCUAAAUGCUACGUGCCACGAUGGAACAUCUAUCAAUUAACCACAGACAAUUUAUAAACCUCUUCAACAAUCUCCCGUAUGUGAACAAUUAGCAUCUGGAAAUUGUUUAUCCUUCAACAGACAAUGAAAUUUCAACGGUAUUUUUAUACGCCUUGUUUAAACGGAGUCGUUUCAAGUUGAGACGAAUUGGAAGCCCAUUUUGACAUCUUGAUAGCGAGCAAUUGUGAUACUAAUACCAGGAAAAGAAAGGUUAAACUUUUCUCUUUUGUCAUAUCUGUAAGCAUGUUUUACGCACAUUAGUUUGCAUUCUAUUGCUUUUCGCUUUUGUUUUUAAAUUUCAGAUUUAAAGCAUCUUGAGCCGUCGAGUUAUCUUUAUUUCAUUUGCAAAAAAGUGAGAUGUUUUAGUUAAAAUAAGAUUAUUCGAAUGAAUUGACUUACGCAUUAAGCAAUGCUUUUAAGCAAUUUUUCUAUUAGGUAUACAAUGCUUAUAAAAUCAAAACAUAAGUUGUGUUCGACAAUAUCUUGUGUAAUUAUGCAUAAUGUUUUUACUGAUUUUUAUUUCUUGAAUAUUUGUUGUAUUUAUAUUUUAUAGUUAGUGCUAUACAUUCUGGUGCCUAGUUAUUUGAUUUUACCGACUGUCUCCUUUAUUUAUUAUCAUUAUUAAUAAAAUGUUAUAAUUUG